AGACAGACAACAAUUACAUAUUCUAGACAAUCGCGACGCGUGUUUUCUAACCAGCCUACUACAGUUUUCUUUUUUUUUUCUCUAUUUGACCUUGUUAUGUUCUUACCCAAACUCUCCUAUGCCUCGUCUGCUAUUGUUGGGUUAUUAUUAUUAUUUUUUUUAAUGUAGACAAACAUCCGUCAGAAGGGGGCCUUUUUAAAACUGUUCAUACGAUGACAUUUAUUCAUUGUUGUUCAGUUAUGCUAUAUGUGAAAUCGUUUGGAUUUAUGUCAUCUGAUAUAAAGUUAACUAUUCAUUGAGACAUCUUUCCGUAUGAUAUUGUAUUGUAUUGUGGACUUAUGUAAUGGCGUUUUCUCUUCCAAAUAAUCCAUACUUCUCAGCACCAACAUCUUUAUCAGAUGUGACAGAAUUCAGGCAAAAUUUGGUCUCUAGGAUUUUUGGCAGACCUCAGGACUAUGAUCUUUCACUGACACAAUCUCCAUCACCUGAAUUACUUCGCAGACCUGAUGUUGUUUCAAAUUCACGGAAGCCUUUAUGUGCACCUAAUAAUAAUUUGCUAAAUUCCCCUGGCUGGUUCCAACAUGCACUUGCUUCCAGUCUUCAAAUGGGUCUAUUAUCUCUUCCAAGAUAUAUGCUUAAAGAUAUCUGUUUGCCACCGCUACCACCUCAUCCUUUGAAUAUGAGAUUACCCAGGACGCCUAAUGUAUCUGCACCUUUUGAACAAAUGAUAUCAGAUGUUAAACCAAAGAUUCCUAGUAAACCUACUCCUCCUCCACUGCGUACAGAACAUUUCCGUUCUUCUUCAUUAAAUGAUUGUGAAAGUUUUCCACCAACCUACCGUCAACCAACAGUUCGACCAACAUUGAAAAGGCAAGCAGAAAGACCUAAAAUGAAUUGGUGUUCAAGUAAUGCAUCGAAUCGUCCUUUAUCUGUUGAACCACAAGAUACUGGUACUUUAGUGCCUAGUCUUAUUGACGGUGAAGUAAUCAUGGGUUUUAAUGUUUGGGGUGAGAAACGUUUAUGUCUACCACAUUUAUUUCGUUUUGUACUACACGAUGUUGAUUUACAAAUUAUUGAUAAAGCAUGUACAAAACUACAAAUUGCAUGUACAACAUGUACACCAGCUCAAUUGAGUCUUUUACAUUCACGUCAAAUACUUCCACGUACAGUUGGUAGUUGUGGUCUUAUACGUAAAAGUGAUGCAGAAAGGCUGACAAAGUAUAUUCGUCAUCAAAGUAUGUGUUUAGAAGGAGGAGUGAACAGUGAAGAAAAUACAUUAUUGUCAAAAUCUCCUGUCAAUGUACAUACUAAAGAUGAAUAUGAGGGGAAUACUUGUAAAGAUCAACGACAAAUGAGUCCUGCUUCAUCAACUGAUACAACAAAGUCAACUAAUUCACUGGGAAAUAAACCAUCCUCCUUCUCGUUAUCCUCGUCAGAUCGUUUAGAUUCUGGUCAAGAUGAAAAUCAACCUGAAUAUGGGUGUAAAAACAUUGAAUCCAAUGUGAUUCCAGUAAUUCAUGAAUGUUUUGGUCGCCAGUUAGGAUUAAUCUAUCCAGAUUUAUAUAAAGAACCUUAUUCAAAGUGUAUCAAAUGCGUGACUUGUUGUCGAUAUUUUUCACCUGAACAGUUUGUUGGACAUACGCAUACUGUUACCGAAGUUGAUAAUUUAAAUCAUUGGGGUUUUGAUUCAACAAAUUGGCGAUGUUAUCUACGAUUAUAUACAGGUCGACGAUUGAAUUUAAAUUCAACACCUAUUCUGGCUAAUAUUAACAAUGAACCUGAUUCAUCUGGGAAGACAAAUUCCAAAGAACCUGUAUUCACUGUAGACGCACAUCGUCGUCUAGAAGAGUUCAAGAUUAAAUUUGCUCAACCGAUUAAACUACCUCCAUCACUGAGUGCAGCUUUACGGAGUGUAGGAUUAUGCGCAUCUGUAGCACCAUUUUCUACUGGCAGCAAUAUUGUCAACACUCAACCAACAACUUCACAAGUCUCUGAAGUAUCCAUCUGUGAACAAAUUUCAGCAUUGAUAAGAAAAACUAGUCAAUCGAAGGUACCACAGUCACAACCAUCAGCACCAUUACAACAACAACAACAGCAACAACAAGGUGUACCGAUACGAUCAAAUAAACUAAAUGAUCAAACUUUAUCAAAUACUAUGACUAAUUCCGCUGUCAAUCCAUCUCCACCAUGUAAUGUAAUGUUACCUCAGUUAACAUUACGUCGUCUUUGGGCACCUAAUGAUGGACGUAUCAAGCUUCCUCCUCCACCAAAGUUAUUAACAAACAGCGAUUUAAGGUAG